CCACCCAAGACUGAAGCAAAACCCAACCGGCGGCGCGGGCUGCUGGCAGCAGGGGCAGUGGGCUGCAGAUCAAGGGCGAGUAAAUGCAGUGGAGGCCGCUGGCGCGGCUGACGCCAAGCGUGCUGCGCGAGCCGAGGCUCCACGAGUUGCUGGGAGGUGCCCCAGCGGUGCUGGACCUCGGCGGCUCCGCGCUCGCGGAGGCCCUGGCGCGCUGGCGCGGCAUCGUUUCCGGCUCCGGAGGCCUGCAUUUGGACGUGCGGCCUCUCCACUCCGUGGCCAGGUCCGGCGGCGGCUUCGGGGCUCCGAAGCGGCUGACGCUGGCGGAGUGGCAGUCGGGGGACGGGCCACUGGUCUUCGACACGAGGCGCGGGAGCGACCUGCACAGAGCUCUCAAGAUUUGGACCUUGCCGGAGGCGAAGGCCUUGUGGUCCUGGUCGCGGUCGCCGGUGGCCACGCUGGGCAAGCCGGACAAGCGCGAGGGCUUGGCCUUUCAUCGGCACGAGCGCAACUGGCUAUUGCUGCUGACUGGCGCCAAGCGCUGGUGCGCCCCAGCCAUGUACUUUCACGAGGCGCCGUCUACGGCCCUGGAGCGGGUGAGUGAGGAGACGCUCAAGGAGACGGAGGUCGGCGGCCUCACCCACCAACAGCAGCCCGGCGAGCUGAUGUUGCUGCCGGACGGGAUUUGGCAUUGCACCUACAACUGCAGCGGCUCCAUCACCUUGGGCCUGGGCGGAAUGGGCAGGCUGCGCAGCGCGGCGGAGGCCUGCUGCGCCUUCGGGGACUGCGAGGCCUUGAGGAAGGUUCCUCUGGACGUGCUCUCCGCCGAAGCCGCCCAGCUUUGCUGCACUGCGGCGGAGCAGGACCAGCUGCCGGCGCUGAAAUGCCUCCAUGAGCUCUUGGGGGCCGCGGGCCUCCAGAAGGCUUACAGCCGGACCGCCACGCCCUUGCACGUGGCAGCGGGGGCUGGUGCCAUGGAGGUCCUGACCUGGCUGCUGGAGACGCGCGCCUUCGAUACGGAUGUGCGGGAUGAGCAUGGGGCGACGCCCGGGCACUGGGCGGCCCGCAGCGGCAAGGUGGAGGUGCUGUCGCACCUUUGGCAGGCCGGGGCGGACCUGCAGGCCAGGGAGCAGCACAGCGGCUGCAGCCCUCUGCACCUCAUGGCGGCGGAGGGCCACGAGGCUGCUGCGCUGUGGCUGCUGGACCACGGCGGAAAGCAGCCCCUGGACACGCAGGGGCGCCUGCCGGAGGACUGGGCGGCCGCCGCAGGCCACAAAGCACUGGCCGAGCGCCUGGCGGCAGAAAGAGCGGCGAG